CCUAGGAAGUCGGAGGGAGCGCGAGAAGGUGACAGCAGCGGCCGCAAAUGAGGCGGAGGGCGCGCGGUGUGCUUUUGCGGGGCUGAAAGAGGAGACGAGGACAGCUUGCAGGAGCGCCUGGUUUUGCCCGGCAGCGUCCAGCGAAAAGGCGAGGGGGAAAAAAAAGCUCCAGGGAAAAAGGCUCAAAGUUGAGGCAAGUUCGCGGAGCGGCUCUCUUUCCCUCCCUCCCUCCCUCUCGCCGCCUUUGAGGUGGUUCCAGGAGGCGCUGACCUUCACGGCAAAGAAGAAGAAGGAAGCAAUACAGAAGGGAUAUUGAAAGAACACCGCCCUUCCACAUGUAUCUCCCCAAUCCCUGACAACAUCAGAAGAGGGUUGUGGGUGCCCUUUUCAACUGAGGUUUGGAUUUUAGGUGUUUCUUAGGAAGAUUUGACAGACAUAAAAAAACAAACCAUGGCAUCACGCAUUGGUCUACGGAUGCAGCUUAUGAGAGAACAGGUACAACAAGAGGAGCAACGGGAGCGCAUGCAACAACAGGCAAUGAUGCACUACAUGCAGCAGCAGCAGCAGAUGCCAAUGGCUCCAACUCCUGCCAUCAACACACCAGUUCAUUUCCAGUCGCCGCCCCCUGUUCCAGGAGAAGUCUUAAAGGUUCAGUCUUUCCUGGAGAACCCUACCACGUACCACUUGCAACGGUCACGAGACAAGAAGGUCCAAGAUUUCCUGUCUGAAACCUAUGGGAACAAGUUUGCUCCGUUGCUCAGUGCCCCUUCUCCCAAGCCUCCCCCUUCUGCCUCACCUGGUGUGAGGCCAACGCCGAGCCAUGUCUUGUCCUCUUCUGCAGGCAAUAGCACCCCCAACAGUCCGAUGGCAAUGCUCAACAUUGGCUCUAACCCAGAAAGAGAGAUAGAUGACGUUAUUGAAGAUAUAAUGCAGCUGACGACAACGGUGGGAUGCAUUAACCCAGAAAUUCAUAUGCCCAAUACUCUGCCACUCUCCAGCAGCCAUAUGAAUGUGUAUAGCAGUGACCUUCCAAUGACUCCCUCUGUGGUGGGCAUGACCAGCAGCUCCUGUCCUGCUGAUCUCACCCAGAAAAGAGACUACACAGAUGCUGAAAGCCGUGCUUUGGCUAAGGAACGGCAGAAGAAGGACAAUCACAAUCUAAUUGAAAGAAGACGAAGGUUUAACAUCAAUGAUCGCAUUAAAGAACUAGGAAUGCUCAUCCCAAAAGCUGGAGAUCUGGAUGUGCGCUGGAACAAAGGGACAAUCCUGAAAGCCUCUGUUGAUUAUAUCAGGAGGAUGCAGAAAGACCUACAGAGGUCACGAGAUCUUGAGAAUCACUCUCGACGCCUGGAAAUAGCAAACAAGCAGCUAUGGCUCCGUAUACAGGAGCUGGAGAUGCAGGCUCGGGUCCAUGGGCUGCCAACCACUUCUCCCUCUGGCAUGAACAUGGCUGAACUAGCUCAGCAGGUGGUCAAGCAAGAAACCUCUGGGGAUGAGGGGACACCAGAGAUCCAGCAGCAGAAGCAGCAACAACAGCAGUCAUUGCCACCUCAGCCACCGCCACAACUCCAUCCUGAGCUGGAAGCUCAACAACAACACUCUCACUUUGCUCCUCCACAGUCUCCUUAUGAUCAGCUGGACUUUACCCAUAGCCUGAGCUUUGAUGACAACUCUAGAGGCUUCCAUGACUCUCUGGAUCCCAGUCAAAGUGUCUCUUUUCCCUCUUUGUCCAAGAAGGAGCUAGACUUGAUGCUAAUGGAGGAUACCAUGCUGCCUGUGGCUUCUGACCCCUUGUUUUCUGCCGUCUCUCCAGAAGCCUCAAAGGCCAGCAGUCGCCGAAGCAGUUUCAGCAUGGAGGACACAGACAUGCUGUGAUUUGAAACCUCCAAGGCAGAACAGACUAAGAGUCAAAUAUUAGUUUAUGGAGAUUUCUCCUUCUGCCUUAACUCUGCAGACUUAUUUAGGGGCUUGUGAGACUAAAAAGAUAUGCAUCCUAAAAUAUGUGUGCAGGUGAGGAGGAUCCUCAGCACAAGGUUCACCCCUUCCCCCCAGUCCUGAUUUGCCAAAAACUGAAAAAUCCUGCUUCAUUGGUCAUGAUCAGAGGAUAUUCAGUAUUUGCAACCCCUUUCCAGACUUUGAUUCCUGUGCCUUCAUACUGCAUGUCCUGCAAAGCCACUUUGCCUUUUUUGUUGCUUUUUUUUUCUUUGCUGCAAUGUGAUUUUGGUGUAGAUGGCCAAGCAGUAGUUCAUCCGGUCAAAAAGGCAGGUUUGAACAAGGUUUGGUGCUAAUCUGUUUUCACAGACCAUCAUGUCCCAUCUGUGUCCCUCACUGUUCCUUUCCCAAUGCCUCUUGAGCUACAAUCACCAGGUCACAGCCUGCUUCAGGGGUGCUCCCAUAUUGGGGCUUCUUUCCUUAUAUGAGUCAGGGAUGCCCAGGAGACUCUGAAAAAGGGAGAGUGUGGUGCUACUGCCAAAACAUGUGUCCUGUGUAAAUGGUGAUUUUGUAUUUAUCCUUUAGAGGGAUAAAGAUAUAGGGUAGAACACCUUUAAACCUAGAAGCCCAAAUGGAACACUGUAGCCUUAAUGAAGUUUCUGCAGUUUUCCAAAAUAAUAUUCCAUUAGGCUUUGAAGUGAACCUCUAAUCCAGAGCUUUCCAAACAUUUCAUGUUGGUGACAUACUUUUUAGACAUGCAUCAUUUCACAGCACAAUAAUUCAGUUUUACUAGCAAACCUGAGGUUAAAUCAACCUCUUAUAAGAGAUACGGACACAUAUAUAAAUUGUAAUGACAAAAUGUACAGGGACACAACAUUUCAUGAAAACCUUUCAUAUUUUUAAAAAUAUAUGUUUUGUAAUAUAAUCUACAUUUCCAGGAUUUUUGUCAUUUUUUGUUAUGUUUGUGUGACACACGUAUCCACUGCAGCCGAUACACUAAUGUUUGGAAAACUCUGCUCUAAUCUGACACCCACCCCAAAGCUCAGGUCACUGCAGUCUAUUUUUGGCUCCGACCCUUCCUCUCUUUUUCUGAAUUUCUUUUGGCUACAACCCUGUGUAACCUCAUAAGCAUAUGUAGGGCAGGAUGGGUUUAUGUGCACACCUGUAGUCUUUUGGCAGCAGCCUUUCACCAUGAAGCAUUAUCAGGUUGUUUUGCCAUAUAAAACCAUGCUUGGUUUCAUUAAAAAACCUACUGCAUUUCUGCUUUUUUCAUACCACUGCACACAGGAUCUCACUCUUUAUCCAGAUGAGGUUUCUAUAUAAUGUACUGAGGACAUAGCCGGUCAGGUUAACUAGGAGCCAUCUUUAUUUCAGUUGAUUCUGUUGCCCUUUAGCCUGUAUGUUUUUUUCUAUUGCUUUGCUACAAAGAAAAAAUCAUUUCUUUAGACGCUUACAAAUUCUAGCCUUUCAACAAAGCUUUCCUUGUUCUUCAUUUGCAUUAGUUGAUCUAAAAUACUGUAUAUUUAGCUAAGCUAAUGAUGAAGUUUUAAGGGCAGUUGCAUACGUGCACUUGUUUAUGCUAACUAUGUGGAUUUUGAGGUCUGUGUGAUGCUUUCUUUAUACAUAUACCUGAGGUCCUUAUUUUCAAUACCAUUUACAAAGCAAUACAUCACUGAAAUGCAGCUACUUCUCUGUGACAUGAUACAUUUAACUAAUAAUAAUAAAUUUGAAGUUUUGCACAUGUAUCUGUGGAGGGAAGCACCUAGCAUACCUGCCCUUGCAUAUCCUAUUCUGCACUCUCUCAUAUGUAGCCCAAAUGAAAGUGGAGACCAUGCCCAACAAUGCUGGUGAUAUGUUACUGCUCUGAAUUAUUUCCUAUCCUCUUAUGAAGUUUUGCAUCUCUUGUCUCCUAGAACUGAUAAAAUCCAUACAUGGUUCUUUUUGCAAUCUUAAAUCCCUUCAUCUCUACCGUGUAACCUGGGAGUUUGAGAAUGAAUGGAUUUCAUUCCUACCAUCAGUUUCUCAGGCCAUUUUAGAUCAGGGCUUAAGGAUACCUCCACGUAGGAAUUGGUGGUACUUUGCAAUCCCAGCCCUGGAAGCUUUGGGUGAUUGUUUUCUCUGCAGUUCCUAAUCCUUUUUAGUAGCUCAGGAAAAUCAAAAGACGCAUGGACCUCUUUAUUUCCAGCCUUGGUUGUGUUUGCAUCAGGUAGCCUUCAGAGGCUUGGCCUGAAGUUUUUGACAAGAAGUUUGUUCAGUGCCUAAGAGUAACUCAUCAAGGGAUAGUUCUUAUGGGGAAUGUAUAUUUUUGAAUAUUGAAUGAUCUCAGGGUAGACAGUGGCCCUUCUUCAGUUUGAGCACUUGGUAUCAUCAAGCUCGUGAAAUGUUAGGUAGAUGAAGCCUCCUAUUGAAGGGUUUGAGAUGGUUGGUUUGCAUUGGACCUGCUUGAAUGUGAAUUAUCUGAUUCAAAUGCUAGAAUAUAGAAUAUUAUUGCUUUUUAAAGGAAUUAGUAAGAUCCAGUCCAAUGGGGAUGAAAGGAAUAGUGUUUGUGUAUUUGGGUGAUUCUAAAUGUGACACUGUUUGGAUUGUUAUAUUAAGUUUGUUAGUCUAGUCCUUUUGAACUUGUAGCAUGUAUGCCUUAACGUUUUGUUAAUGCUUAUAGAAUCUAUGAAUUUCAAUCUGUGGAGAAAGAAUUUCUUCUUCCUCACAUUUAACAUCGAAAUUUUGCUCAGCCUGAUUAUUGAAGGGGUUAAGAAGAGAUGGUUCAGCACAGGGUUGGCAUAUAUGGAAGCCUAGCGGGAUGCAUUAGCCUCCCAGGUAAUCUUGGAAAAUGCACCCCACAACGUACUCCCCAUAAGAAAAAGUCAAAAACAUUUACCCCCUAAAUGUCCACAAAUUACUUCUAGGGGGCAUGCGGGCAUUUUUGCCAUGUUUGUAGUUCCUUUGAGCCAUUUUAGAAGUUACUUCCUGUUUCAGAAAAGGGCCUUUCUUGCACACAGAAGAGCCUAGGUUUGAUCCCUGGCACCUCCAGUUAAAUAACUACCAGGUAAAGGGAAAGACCUCUGCCUGAUUAACUAGGGAACUUCUAAUGGGUAUGUCCAUGCCUUCAAGUAACCAGUCGAUUUAUGGAAAUCGUAGGGCUUUCUUAGUCAAGGUGAUUUUUCCAGUUCCUUCCUCUGAAAUAUAGUCUACAGCACCAGGUGUUUUUUUUGACAGUCUCCUAACCAAGUAUUAAUGUGUACUGACUCUGCUUGCCAUCCAAGAUCAGGGGUUUUUUUUGUUGUUUUUUUUUUGUGUCAGGAGCAACCGGAGUUGCUUCUGGAGUGAGAGAAUUGGCCGUCUGCAAGGAUGUUGCCCAGGGGACACCCAAAUGUUUUGAUGUUUUACCAUCCUUGUGGGAGGCUUCUCUCAUGUCUCUGCAUGGAGCUGGAGCUGAUAGAGGGAGCUCAUCCGCGCUCUCCCCGGGUGGGAUUCGAACCUGGCAGCCUUCAGGUCAGCAGCCCAACCUUCAAGUCACAAGGCUUUUAUCCCCUAGGCCACCGGAGGCUCCAUCCAAGAUCAGUUGAAAUACUGGGAUUGAUGGACUAAUUCUCUAUCCUGGCAUAAGACAGUUCCACAGAGUUAGCCCUCUGUGUCAUGGCUUGAAAAUAUUCCAAACCAAACUUUAUUUGUCAUUUUAUAAAUGGGAUACCAUUUUCUACACCAUUGUAUAUAAUGGGACUUAAGCACCCACAGAUUCUGAAUCCUCGGAGGUCCUAGAACCAAACUCCAGCAGAUACUAAGAAAGAGAAACGAUUUCUGGUGACAGCUUUGUGAAACAAAUCUUAUUUAUACAGUUUUGGAUUCCAGAACUAGGAAUCAUUUGCUGUAGAAUAAUCAUUUGCUGUAGAAUAAUCAAAAUCCAUCAUGGUUCUGGGAAUUGUAGCUUUUUAAAAUCUUUCUUUACAAUUAACAUGGUAUUCUUGCAAUGCCAUUCUUCCCACAAUUACAAGGAGGCAAUGUUCUUUCAGCAUUGAUUAGAAACAUGGAAGGAAGAUUCCUUACUAGAGGAGGAAAACAGAUGCACGAGAGAGAAAGGUCUUAGGGACAAGUGGAAGACAUGGUUUCUAAAGAUUUUUUUAAAGAGUUGGCUAAAUAAAACACCUACCAAAGAGUAAAGUGUGAUCUUUCUAUUUGGAUGUGAAAUCUCCAACGAAUACCAGGUGCUAUAGGCUGUAUUUCAGAGGAAGAACUUGGCAAAACCACCUUUGAGUAUUCCUUGUCUAAGAAAACUCUGUUCAUGGGGUUGCCUUAAGUUGACAGGUGACUUGAAGGCACAUAUAUAUAUACACACAGACACAGCUUUGUGUGUCCAGAGAAAGUGCAUAAAAAGACUAGGUGAGCAUUCCCCUACUGAAAUAGAAGAGUGUAUAGCUUUGAAAAAAUGGAAACAAUUAUCACGACAGUAAAUUUAUUGAGUUCACAAAAUGGAGAUAGAGAGAUAAAGUAAUUCAUCAAAUCACAGCAUAAACAAAAUCCACCUGCAACCUUUGGUAAGUUUGCAAACAGCAGUCUCAAAACCAAUGGAUAAAAGCUGUUUCAGAGGAAGAUGGCACCUUUUUCAUCUUCUGGCUAGUUGCUGAAUUUCAUUAACAGUAGCAUUCAUGUGGGAGCAUGUGGUUGCAUCAAACAUGAAUGUUGCAAAUUGCUGGUUUUGAUAAAAACAGUGUCCUGUGCUUGGGUGAAAUCUGCAAGUUCAUCCAAGGGAGUUUUUUUAAAAAAAAUCUUACUUUAUUUGUAGUGUUUUUUCUAAGAUAAUUGUAUUAUGAAAAUAUUUUAAUCCUUUUAUGACAAAGCACCUCCUGUGGACACAUGCACCACAAAGACCCAUUUCAGCUUUAGACUUGUUCCUAUUUCCCAACUUAAUUCUAUUUCAUUUUGAGAUGAAAAAACAGACUAUUUUAAAACUGUGAAACCAGUUAUACUGUGUGAUGCCAUAUAUAUGAAUUUGAACAUUUAAGAUUUUGAAUAACUGAGAAAGCUGUGAAUGAAUGAGGUGCUGUUGAACUGCGCAGUAUGAUCAAGAGAUCUUAUAGAAAAUGCACUUUCCCUUUAUCCACAGCAAUGACCACUGCUGCAGUCAUUCACAUUGCACAGAUGUUGUAUGCAGCAUACUUGCAAUAAUAUCAUGGGCACUUUCCUCUGGCAUCAUUACAGCCAGUGAUACAAGUUUCUCCUCUUCUUCCCAAAGACUAUUUUAGAUAUUUAAUGCUAUGCCAUUUUGUAUCUCCUCCUCCUUUUGACUUUUGUUUGCCUUUAGAAGGUGUGAGCAGCCAUGGCCUUCCAGAGUGUUUUGGCCUACCGCUCCAGUUAGCCCCAGUAUAUACACCCAAUGAUGAGGGCUGAUGAAAUGUGAAAUCCAGAAAUAUCUGGAGGGCCACAGUUGCCCAUUCCUGGUUUAGAUGUUGUGCACACCCACUCUUGAGCAGUGCAGCACACAUCCACCCCACUAUUUGUGUGUGUGUCUGUGUGUAUUUGCAUAGCAAGGCUACCUCUGCCUCUCUCCACUAUGUGGGGAUGAAUAUUGUAACAAUGGUGCUGGAUAGGAGCUUGCAUUACGUUAGCAUUUACAGCCACAAGCAUCAUUUUGCCCAUCUGGAAAGGCACAUGUAGAGAUGCAGGCAUGUGAGACAUUCUAAUUGAUUCUUAAUUUUGAUUUUGCAUUAUAAUGGCUGUUGCAAAAUUAGAAUGUUAUUAUAAAGGUGGGUGGAUGAAAAUAUUCAUACAUAUACAGAGGCCGGAAGGCUGUUGUUAGUCCUGACUAAAGAAGAGCCAUUAAAUCAGGUGAUUGCUUCAGUCGGUCUACUCUAGUUGGGAUUAACUGGCAGGGUGCCAGCUACAGAGUUUUCACAGAGAAGAGAUUUAUUGGAAGUGUAGAAAGUGUUGGUCUAAUUCAGAUUCAUGGGGACUCUUUGAGGUAAACCAACCUAGCAUGGGGUUUUCUUGGCAAGAUUUCUUCAGAGAGGGUUUGUGUCUGCGGCUAAGAGAGUUCAACUUGACCAAGGUCUUCAAGGCCCAUGGUUUCAUUGGCUGAGCAGGGAUUUGAACCCUGGUCUUCAGAGUUGUAGUCCAAUGCUCAAACCCCAUCAUGCCGGGUCCUGCAUAGAUUGUAUAGCCUAGAUGAGCAGCAUUGAAUAACUUUCCUAAACAUUUUGUUCUCCAGAUGUGUUUGGUCAUGCUCCACAUGGCCCUUCUGACUGGAUUGUGGGAGUUGUUGGCCCUGUUUAGCACAGUUGGAAAGUAUCACAUUGAAAAAGGCUACCAACAGAGUUUCAGUGCUAGAAGCUCCAAGAUCCAUUGUUCUGCAUUUGUUGAUUUAUGUGCCUGAAAUUAUGAUCCAAAAAGUACAGCUAUAAAUAUAUGUGAAAUAUCUGUGGAAGAGUAGUGGGCAUUGUCUAAAUCAAAUGUGCAGGCUCUGGGACAUUGUGUUUAUAUAUUCUUGAGCUAGAUAAUAUUGUAAAAUCUUGCCAAAUGCCAGUAGGUGCACAGAUUAUAUUCUCUGCAUCAUAAUGUAUAGCAGCUUGAAUGCAGAUGUCUAGUCCUUGUUGGUGCUGUGUGUCCUGAGGUCUCACAAUUUAGCUCUUGCAGAUAAGUAAGGAAGAAAGUAUGUGGCACUAGAAGCCCUAGCAGGCAAAAAGGAAGUAUUUUAAAGGUUUAGUAUUGCUCUAGUGAAACAGAAUGCAAGAUGUGAAUCGGCAUUAAGAAAAAGUGUCUGUUGCUGCAACAAAUAUACUGGAAGAUAGAUCUGGUGGCCUUGAGACUCAAAGAUCUCGAAGACUUUUUGAUGGGAGGAAUGAGGAGAAUAACUUACUUGAAAGUGUUACGUAUUGGACCCUUAUGAAGUAUGUUUGCAUGUAAAAUUAUUACAAGUAUUAUGCAGUGUGCUUAACUGAUUUACAAGGUACAGCAUAAGAAUGAGGCAUGAAAGCAAUCUUUUGCGGAAGAAGCCCAUUUUCCCUCUUUAGUGCCUUGUCUUCUCAGGAUUUAAUUGAAAACUUUUAUGACCAGGACACCAGUCUGUAUUUCCUCUUUAUGUAAUGAUUUAAUCUGCAAAACAAAAACUACUUAAGCCAAUAGAUUUUAUGGCAAAAUCCUGGGCGCAUCUGCUUAAUAGUAAAUCUACCCAAAUGUCUUUGUGUUAUGUUUGUGUAUGAAUCUCACUUGCCCACUUCUAGGUAAGUGUGUACCUAUUGUAGCCUUAAUGUUUGAUCUGCUUGUGAACAUUAAUUCAGAUCCAGAAAGCUGCUAAAAGCAAGUGAAUUUGGAGAGAUGUAGAACCAAAGUUUUUUCUUCAAAAAUGUAUUUAGUUAGCUUUUGGGUACCUUAUCUUCCAGUAAAUGAAAAAGACCUGAUUUUUUUUUGGGGGGGGGGGGGGGAACCCUCAAGCUUUUACUGAUCUAUUUUCUUGUGGUAGAGGAACUUGAAAUCAGUUUUGAAACUUUGGGGGCAACGAUGCUUAUACCACAUUUCUUCCCUUCUUUCCAUCCUAGUAUAUGCCAUAACACAGUAUGUCCUGUUGCCUAGCUUGUAUACAGAAGGAAUAAAUAUAAAUUGAUAAGGUGUAUAUUUUAUCUGACUCCUAACUGGAAUUGCUAAAAGGUACACUUUACCAAAAUCUCUUCCAGUGUUAGAAUGGAGGGGCUGAUACUUUUUUUGGUGAUAAUUGGUCUCACAUUUUUAAAGAAGUUUUUUUUGUUAUUUUUUAAAAAGGAAGACGUGCAUAAUGUUCUGAUUAUGAAUUGUUACUACUGUUUUAUAAAUAAAUGUAAAAAUAUAUAAUGGACUGGAACAGAGAGAAAAAUCAUUAAAAUUUAUUUAUUUAUGA